AUGGAUGGUUUAUCCUCGGCGGCGAGCGUUAUCGCGGUCAUUCAAAUAACGGGAAGCCUCGUGAAGCUUUGUGGGGUUUUCAUUCAAGCGGCGAAAGAUGCACGGGAUGAGAUUUUUGAGCUACAACGUAACGACGGAAAGGCCCUACCUAACUCCUCACGACUAGUCAUAAAUAUUGUUGAUUGCCUCUCCUACCUCCACGCCUUACAAGCGAGAAUUGAUCCAGGAAAGGGAAAGAAACUGAUGAGGAAACUGGGAUUCCGAGCCUUAAAAUGGCCCCUGAAGCGUGCAGAGAUAGAAGGCGUUAUUCAGAACCUCGAAAGAUAUAAAUCUUCAUUCCUCUUGUCUUUGCAGGUGGAUCAGGCAUUGACUCUAAGGUUGUAUAGCUCUUUGAUGGUCGGCAUGGCCCAGAACACCAAUCGCAUUAAUCACACCAUGGAUCUUGGGAAGUUGGUAGGUGCGAUGGAGGCAGGCUUUGAGUCCUUCUCCGAUCGAGACGAAGUCGAAUGCCUCCAAGGCACUAGGACGGAGCUCCUCCAGCAGAUAAUGGAAUGGGCUAUGUCCCCGUCUCAAAACCCUAUUUUUUGGUUAAAGGGAAUGGCUGGGACAGGAAAAUCCACAAUUUCUCGGACUGUGGCAAGGUUGCUCAAAGAGAAGAACCAUCUAGGUGCUAGUUUCUUCUUUAAGAGGGGUGAAGGGGACCGGGGGAACGCGAAGAAAAUUUUCCCGACCUUAAUAAGGCAACUGAUGAUUGGGAUAUCUGAGCUCAGGUCCAGUGUGCAAAAGGCGCUCGAUCACGACCCUGAAAUUGCCUCGAAAUCGCUUAAAGAGCAGUUUGAGAAACUGCUCCUUCAACCGUUGCUCGAUCUUGACCAACUCGGGCGACCACCUCAAAUUGCUGCGAUAGUGAUCGACGCUUUAGAUGAAUGUGAACACGAUCAAGAUGUCCGAAACAUAAUUCGCUUACUGCCUCUUCUGCAAAAGACAAAAGCAGUUCGCCUUCGGAUCUUUUUAACCAGCCGGCCUGAAAUCCCCAUCCGUCUCGGCUUCUCAGAGAUCGCGGAUCAUGAGUAUCAGGAUCUAGUUCUUCAUGAGAUACCCGAAGCAGUGACAGAGCACGACAUACAAUUAUUCCUUCAGGACCGAUUUGCGAAAAUCAAACAUGAUAGCAAUAUCUCUACAGACUGGCCUGGUGAUAGCAUCAUCCGAGGAUUGGUCACAAUGUCCGUUCCAUUAUUCAUUUCAGCUGCUACUGUAUGCCGUUAUAUCGAAAAUUCUAAAUGGGAACCGAAUUUGCGCCUCGCAGAGCUCCUCGCGGACCAAACCAAAUAUGUUUCCAGAAUGGACAAAACAUAUCUGCCAAUUCUGACGCGAUUAGUAGACGACCAAGAGUGCAGUGAAAUAGAACAGAAGCAGCUCCUACAAGAGUUCCAGAGAAUAGUCGGUGUCAUCAUCCUCCUUGUUAUUCCUCUAUCGAUAAAUACUCUGUCGACAUUCCUUGGCAUCGGAGCAGAUCAAAUCAAUAAUCGAUUAGACUCAUUCCGAUCGGUUUUAAGCGUUCCCAGAGACCGAGACCAGCCAGUUAGGAUUUUGCAUCUAUCAUUUCGAGAUUUUUUAGUCCAGUCUGACACUAAGUUCUUCGUGGAUGGGCCAAGAAAGCAUAAAGACAUUGCUAAGUCUUGUCUUAUAACCAUGUGGAGCCGUCUGCAGAGAAAUAUUUGCAAUCUAGCAAGCCCUGGAACGCCGAGGGCAAACGUUGACAUUCAAUAUAUCCGCCAUUAUUUACCACCGGAAUUACAUUAUUCUUCUCGCUACUGGAUACACCACCUCAGCCAGAGUCAGAAUUUAUCUUCCGAGAUAGAAGAUGUGCUGUUAUUCUUUAGGAAGCAUUUUCUGCACUGGGUGGAGGCGAUGAGUCUACUAGGUCUUAUAUCGGAAGUGGUGGGUAUGCUUGAACUUUUGCAUAGAGCAGUACAAGGCGAUGACGAUACUAUUAUGUCUAGUUUUCUACAAGACGCAAAGCGCUUCGUUCUGAGAAACCGACUUAUAGCCGAUGAAGCGCCGCUACAGAUCUAUUGUGCAGGGCUAGUAUUUUUACCUCAGAUGGCUUUAAUCCGUAGAGAGUUCAAUUCAGAGCUUCCUGAUUGGAUAUGUCAGUUCCCACGAGUCAGUGAAGGGUGGAGUCCAGAAUUGCAGAUCCUCGAGGGCCAUUCGGAGCUGAGUAUCUCUAUAGCCUUCUCGCCUGACAGCAGGCUGCUGGCGUCCGCCUCUGGCAAUUGCACAUUGCUCUUGGAUACGGAGACGAGCAGCUUACAGCAGACCCUUAAGGGUCAUUCGGAGCCAGUUAACUCUAUAACCUUCUCGCCCGACGGCCGGCUGCUGGCGACCGGUUCGUACGAUCAUACAGUGCGGCUCUGGGACCCAGUCACAGGUGCCCUACAACAGACCCUUGAGGGCCAUUCGGACAUAGUUCAGUCUGUGGUCUUCUCACCCGAUGGCCGGCUAUUGGCGUCCGGCUCCAACGAUCAUAUAGUGCGGCUCUGGGAUGCGGCGACAGUUCGGUGUGUAGUCUUCUCACCCGACGGCCGGCUUUUGGCGUCUGGCUCCCACGAUCAUCAAGUGCGGCUUUGGAAUCCAACGACGGGCGCCCUGCAGCAUACCCUUACGGGCCAUUUCGCCUGGGUUUGGUCUAUGGCGUUCUCGCCAGACAGCCAGCUACUGGCGACUGGCUCUGGUGACGAUACAGUACGGCUCUGGGAUCCGAUAACGGGCGGCCUACGGCAGAUUCUGCACCAGUCCCAAACGCAUUGGAACCAGGUUCGGUCCGUGGCCUUCUCGCCAGACGGCAGGCUACUAGCGUGCGGCGCUGGCGACCAUACAGUACGGCUAUGGGAUCCGGCGACGGGCGUCCUCCGGCAGACCCUUGAAGGCCAUUCAGACACGGUUGAGUCUGUGGCCUUCUCGCCUGACGGUAGGCUGUUGGCGUGCAGUUCUGGCGAUCAUACAGUACGGCUCUGGGAUCUGGCGACGGGCGCUCUGCAAGAGAUUGUGAGCACUAAGGGGAUUGUUUCCAAACUCGAUUUUUUUCAGGAUGGUUCAUAUCCAAUUAACUUCGGCACCGUCGAUGUCCAAUCAGGGCUCAAGACCUAUGCGUCUAGUUCAACCUAUAGGAACCUGGCGAUCUUCAUUAAGCAAGCAAAUUGGAUACACCUCAACGGCGAAAAUAUACUAUGGCUUCCUCCUGAGUAUCGGCCUCGCUGUUCCGCGAUCAAUGGGAAUCUCCUUGCUUCGGGACAUACAUCAGGGCGGGUUUCCUUCAUAAGAUUCCGUGUAUAG